AUGUUGCAUUUGAAGAACAUUGCAAAAUCCGUUGUUCCGCCUCUAAAAAGCUCUAUUCAAAAUGAGGUGGUCAAUAACAUGCUCAGAAUUGCGCCCGCAGCUGUUAACGUUUGCUGUCGAACCUACGCAAUGCAUGAAAUUCCAGACAGGCUCAAGGAUGUACCAACGAGCGCAAACCCGAGAUUUUUUGAUAUGGUGGAAUACUUCUUUCACAGAGCGUGCCAGGUAAUUGAGGACAAAUUGGUUGAAGACAUGAAGUCCAGAGUUUCCAUAGAAGAGAAGAAAAAGAAAGUCGCCGGUAUAUUGAAACUUAUGCAGCCAUGUGACCAUAUCUUGGAGAUUCAAUUUCCUUUAAAGCGUGACUCUGGAGAUUACGAAAUGAUUCUUGGGUACCGGGCUCAACAUUCUUCACACAGGACCCCGACAAAAGGAGGUAUUCGAUUCUCAACGGACGUAACGAGGGACGAAGUGAAGGCACUGUCUGCCUUAAUGACCUUCAAAUGCGCCUGUGUGGAUGUUCCCUUCGGUGGCGCUAAAGCUGGCAUUAAGAUCAACCCUAAGGAAUAUUCCGAACACGAGCUGGAGAAGAUCACUCGUCGUUUUGCACUCGAGCUCGCUAAAAAGGGAUUUAUCGGGCCCGGCGUGGAUGUCCCUGCUCCCGACAUGGGAACAGGCGAGCGUGAGAUGUCCUGGAUAGCAGACACGUACGCGAAGACCAUCGGUUACAAAGAUAUCAACGCUCACGCUUGUGUCACCGGGAAACCAAUUAAUCAGGGAGGUAUCCACGGCAGAGUUUCGGCUACUGGCAGGGGAGUGUUCCACGGAUUGGAGAACUUCAUCAAUGAAGCCAACUACAUGAGCAUGAUUGGAACAACCCCUGGUUGGGGUGGCAAAACAUUCAUUGUGCAGGGCUUCGGUAACGUGGGAUUGCACACAUGCCGUUACCUCGUCCGUGCUGGAGCUACUUGCAUUGGAGUCAUCGAACACGAUGGCGCCAUUCAUAACCCUGAGGGAAUCGACCCUAAGGCUCUGGAGGACUACAGAAUUGAGAGCGGCACAAUUGUUGGCUUCCCUGGCGCCAAACCAUACGAGGGGGAGAACAUGCUUUACGAGAAAUGUGACAUCCUAGUGCCUGCCGCUGUUGAACAAGUUAUUCACAAAGAAAAUGCUCACAAAAUACAAGCAAAGAUCAUCGCUGAAGCGGCUAAUGGCCCCACAACACCAGCUGCUGACAAGAUCCUCAUCGAUCGCAACAUUCUGGUCAUUCCCGAUCUGUACAUAAACGCCGGUGGUGUGACCGUCUCCUUCUUCGAGUGGCUCAAGAACCUCAACCAUGUCUCUUACGGACGUCUUACAUUCAAAUACGAACGGGAAUCCAACUAUCAUCUGUUAGAAUCCGUACAAGAAUCCCUAGAAAGGCGUUUCGGCCGCGUUGGAGGUCGCAUUCCAGUGACGCCUUCUGAAUCCUUCCAGAAGAGAAUUUCCGGAGCUUCUGAGAAAGACAUUGUCCACUCUGGUCUAGACUACACUAUGGAGAGAUCUGCAAGAGCUAUAAUGAAAACCGCUAUGAAGUUCAACUUGGGCCUAGAUCUGAGGACAGCGGCGUACGCCAACUCCAUCGAGAAAAUAUUCACAACAUACGCAGACGCCGGUCUGGCGUUCUAA